AAAACGUUUAAAAAAAUGAAAAAGUUUAAUAUAAUUUUAAUUUUAUUAUUAAUUGUAUGUUUAAAUAUUGUUUUGUGUCAAGAACAUCAUAUUUUAGGCCCACCGAAAACUAGAAAUAAUAAAAAACAACAAGAUGUUGACGAAGAUGAUGAAUCAACAUCAUCUUCAUCGUCGACACGUCGUGAUCAGUUAACUGAUGAAGAGUUUAUUGUUUUAAAAGUUAUGUCUGCACCAGAUUUAACUAAAGAACAGGAGAAACGAAAAGGUGAUUCUUCAGAGAAGAAUGAAGAUAAUUCCAUUGAUUCAAAUUCGAAAGAUGCAGAGAAUGUUGCCUUAUUAAAAGAUGGUGCCUGGUUAACACGAAUGGUACAAGAAAUGAGUGGUCUUCAAUAUCAUUUAAGCGACGACGACCUGGAUAAAGAUUUAACUGAUAUAUCAGAUUCUUUAGAUGCUGAUGCAAUUGAUUCAGAUACCGCAUCAUUGUUAUUAAAUGAUAAUGGGGACGAAAGUGAUCAAACACCGCCAGUGGUAUUAACAGCCGAAGAAAAAGAAAUUCAACAAAUAUACGACAAAGGAAUGUCAAUCUUAAAUAAAACAAAAUCAGACAAAGUAGCUGCAUAUGCUUUAUUAUCCGAAGCAAGUGUUCGUGGGCAUAAAGAUGCGCGAGCCGCUAUAGCAUGGGCACAUUUGUUUGGAAAUCCAUUAGAUCAAAAUCUUCAACUAGCCAAAGAGAUGUUUACUUCUCUAGCAGAUGAAGGACAUUCUGGUGGACAUAUGGGAAUGGGAUUUUUAUACGCCACUGGGAUUUUAGUGAAUGUUAGCCAAGCAAAAGCAUUAGUACAUUAUACACUAGCUGCUAUUGGCGGUGAUGUUUGGGCACAAAUGGCAAUUGGUUAUCGUUAUUGGUCUGGUGUAACAGUGACAUCGAAAUGUGAAAAAGCAUUAGAUUUUUAUCGUAAAGUUGCAAAUAGAGUCGGACAAUCAAUAUCAUUUUCGGGAGGUGCAGCCAUACAACGAGUACGCUUACUUGAUGAAUUAGAGAAUGGUUACACAUCGGGAGUAGUUGAUAACGAUUUAAUUGAAUAUUAUCAACUGUUGGCUGAAAAAGGUGAUAUUCAAGCACAAGUAGCCCUGGGUCAAUUACAUUAUCAAGGUGGGCGUGGUGUCGAUUUAGAUUACCAAAAAGCAUUACAUUAUUUUACGCAAGCUGCUAAUGCAGGUAAUGCUGUUGCUAUGGCAUACUUAGGUAAGAUAUACUUGGAUGGAAGCGAUGAAGUGAAACAAGAUAAUGAAACAGCCUUGAAAUAUUUCCGAAAAGCAAGUGAAUUAGGGAAUCCAGUUGGACAAAGUGGUCUUGGAUUAAUGUAUUUAUAUGGACGUGGUGUUGAUAAAGAUUAUCCAAAAGCUUUAAAAUAUUUUACAUUAGCUGCUGAUCAAGGUUGGGUUGAUGGCCAGUUACAAUUGGGGAAUAUGUAUUUUAAUGGUAUUGGUGUUCGUCGUGAUUAUAAAUUAGCAAAUAAAUAUUUUAGUCUAGCAUCACAAUCAGGACAUGUGUUAGCUUUUUAUAAUUUAGGACAGAUGCAUGCUGCAGGCAGUGGAAUGAUGCGAUCAUGUCCAACCGCAGUCGAAUUAUUUAAAAAUGUUGGUGAACGCGGUCGAUGGAGUGAAUUAUUAAUGCAAGCACAUGCUGAUUACAGAGAUGGUCGUUUUAAUGAAGCAUACAUUCAAUAUGCAUUAUUAGCGGAGCUAGGAUAUGAAGUAGCACAAAGCAACACAGCAUUUAUGUUAGAUCGUAAUGAAGUUCCAAUGUUAUCAAAUGAUGAAGCAUUAAUACGUGCAUUAUUAUAUUGGGGACGAGCAGCUGCUCAAGGUUAUUCACCUGCUCAAGUUAAAUUGGGUGAUUAUCAUUAUUAUGGUUUGGGGACACCAGUUGAUUAUGAAGCCGCUGCUCAACAUUAUCGUCUAGCUUCUGAACAACAACAUAAUGCUCAAGCAAUGUUUAAUUUAGGUUAUAUGCAUGAACAAGGUUUAGGAAUGACAAAAGAUAUGCAUUUAGCUAAACGUUUAUAUGAUUCUGCCGCUGAAACAAGCCAUGAAGCUAAAGUUCCUGUUGCAUUAGCAUUAUUAAAAUUACAAUUGAUGUUUAGUUUACAAUCAGUACAAGAUAGUCCAAUGGCAAUACUAUUAAAUUUAAAUGAAACGUUAGGUUCCGAUUGGGAUAUUUACUUAAUAACAUUAUUAUCAGCAAUAUUGGGUAUGAUAGUGUACUACCGACGACCGCAGCCUCAACCAUUGUUACAGCAACAACAACAAAAUGUACAACAGCAACAACAAAAUAACAUACAACAAGGUGUAUUGUAACAGUAAACAAGUCAUGUAAUAUUUAUUUCAUUCUUAUUAAAUAUAAUUUUUUUGUUUUACUA